AUGAUCAUCCCAAUCCCAGAAAGAUCAAUAUUCGACCGCGCCUCCGCUGGCACCGCCGGUUCAGGCAUCGCCGCCGGGGGGCUUGCCGCCAAAAACUCAGGCGGAUCCGACCAGAGCACCAAGUUCAUCAUUGGAUUCUGCGUCGCGAUUCCCUGUACUCUCAUCAUUGUCGGAUUUUACUUCUUCUUUCGGCGGCGCAAGAAUAAGAAAGCUGGCAAGAGUGGGAAGAAUAAGAACGCCAAAUCCAAGAAUAGCGCAUGGGGGAGAAGGAAUAAAGAGGGUGGUUUUUUCGGGAAGUUGUCUGGGAAGUUGAGGCCUACUGAGCCGCCGGCGGCGUAUAAGCGUGAGAAAGAACUGCUGCCGAGUUCAUUGUAG